GACAGGGCGGCCGAAUCGGUUAGUCGUCAAGAUGGCCACUCCGCCGGAAGGUUUAGUCGCCGAAUGUGUCCACCAAAAUGACUCAAACUCGCUCAAAUCCACGCCAGAGGAGGAAGAGCAGGCCAACAGAUUCAAGGAAGAAGCCAACGAAUAUUUUAAGAAGCAAGAAUUCAACUUUGCCAUCGACCUAUACUCCAAGGCAAUAGAGUUGGAUCCGUACAAGGCUGUCUACUAUGGGAACAGGAGCUUUGCCUAUCUCAAGACGGAGUGUUUUGGCUAUGCACUAUCCGACGCAUCGAAGGCCAUUGAGCUUGACAGGAGCUAUGUCAAGGGAUACUACAGGAGAGCUGCAGCACACAUGUCCCUAGGAAAAUUCAAGCUGGCUCUCAAGGACUUCGAGGCGGUGACGAAGGCCAGGCCCAACGACAAGGACGCCUGCGCUAAGUACAACGAAUGCAACAAGAUUGUGCGGAGGAUAGCCUUCGAGAAGGCCAUUGCCGUGGACGACCUCAAGAAGUCCGUGGCGGACAGCAUUGACAUCGAGGCCAUGUGCAUAGAGGACGACUACACCGGUCCAGAGCUGAAGGAGGGCAAGGUGACGGUCGAGUUCAUGAAGCAACUCAUGGAGACAUUCAAGGCGGGCAAGAAGCUCCACCGCAAGUACGCCUACAAGAUGCUGGUGGAUGCCAAGGCCAUGUUCCAGUCGCUCCCAAGUUUGGUGGACAUUGAAGUGCCUAGUGAUUCCAAGUUCACGGUGUGCGGAGACAUCCACGGCCAGUUCUUCGACCUCAUGAACAUCUUUGAGCUCAACGGGCUGCCCUCUGAGAGCAAUCCUUACCUGUUCAACGGUGACUUCGUGGAUCGCGGAUCCUUCUCGGUGGAGUGCAUCUUCACCCUCUUGGGUUUCAAGCUCCUCUACCCGCAGCACUUCUACAUGUCCAGAGGAAACCAUGAGAGUCAGACCAUGAACCAGAUGUACGGCUUUGAAGGCGAAGUCAAGGCAAAGUACACACCCAAGAUGGCCGAACUCUUCACGGAGGUGUUCAACUGGGUGCCUCUGGCGCACCUCAUCAACCAGAAAGUCCUGGUGAUGCACGGUGGCCUCUUUUCCGACGACAAUGUGACGCUGGACGACAUUCGGAAAACGGAUCGCAACCGCCAGCCACCGGAGGAAGGGAUCAUGUGCGAGCUGCUCUGGUCGGACCCCCAGCCCCAGGAGGGCCGGUCGCCGAGCAAGCGGGGCGUGGGCAUCCACUUUGGGCCGGACGUGACGCGGCGCUUCCUGGAGCGGAACGGGCUGGACUAUGUCAUCCGCAGCCACGAGGUCAAGGCCGACGGAUACGAGGUGGCCCACGAGGGGAAGUGCAUCACCGUCUUCUCGGCCCCAAACUACUGUGACACCAUGGGGAACAAGGGAGCCUUCAUCACCAUGACUGGGUCCAACCUUUCGCCCAAGUUCACCACAUAUGAGGCUGUGCCUCAUCCCAACAUUAAGCCCAUGGCCUAUGCCAGCAGUCUACUGGCACUUUGAUGUCAGAAGACAGUUCUGCUGCUUGACACGCAACCAUUUGCUCCGUCAGCAAGACAUGGCACAUUCUUGUGGUCUGGGCUCGGCCAGGCCACUGACUGGUGUACAGUAGUUACGUUGUUUUUUUUUGUUUUUUUAUUAUGUCAGAAAUCACGGCUGUUGAAUGCGGCAGGAUCCUUCAUUGCAAUUUUUUGUUUUGUUUUUUCACUCAUGACAGACUGUUUUUGGGAGCCACCAAACAUAGCUGCAGUUCUUGGGACUGAGCUGGACUCUUUGUUAUUAUUUUUUUACAACUGCUUUAGGCGUGCCGUUUUUACAUUGUCUUUGGAAGGAAAAUAGGAAACAAAGAUUGUCUUUCCCCCGUGUGUUUGCACUAGGGCGUAGCUUACGUACGGCCAACAGACGUCGUGCCCUUCUGUUACUUGCACGCCUCCCCGACGUGCGGCCGGGAUUUCUCGUCUCGAGAAACGUGCACAGCCUUGGAGCGCAGCCUUUUUCUGCCGCCGAGGAGUUGGCGCGUUAUUUUUGUACAUGGAGUGCCACGCGCACCGAAGCUAGCGGAUUGUGUACUGGCAUCAUCGAGUCAUGGAGGAGUGGAGAAGCCAGUGUAAUAUAAGAGUUCUUGUGAUAAGAAGCUAAAGAUGUAAUAAAUCGUACUUGGAGCAAUC